UUUCUCUCUCUCUCUUGGGGAAGGGGAAGACCCUUCGUGGGGCGGGGCCCAGGGGCUCCCUCGAAAGAGCACAAACAGGAAAGCCUCGCAUCCCUCGCAGCCCGGAGGGGAGGAGUCCUCUCUCUCUCUCCUUCUCUGUGUGACUCUCUGCGCUUCGCUCACCCACUCACUCCCUCACUCGCAGCCUUUGUGGCCAUGCCUUGAGCUGAAGAAAGUGCGGGCAAACGAGAGCGAGGAAGACGAGCGGGAGAAGCGGCUGUCGGUGAUUUUCCCUGGGACCCAGCAUGCCCCUUCGGUGGACAGGAGGAGGGGAACCCAAGGAUGAAAGUGCUCUGGAGAGCUAAAUGAGCUUAAUUCAGGACGGGGGUGAAGAGGUAGAAGAAGAUGCAGUCUAUCACGUCACCCUCAAAAGAGUACAGAUUCAACAAGCUGCUAGUAAAGGAGCAAGAUGGCUUGGGAUUGAAAGGGACCAGUUGCCUCCAGAUCAUACUGUUAGCCAACAUGAGACAUGUAAGAUAAGGUCAAUCAAGGCUGGUACUCUGGAGAAGCUUGUAGAGAAUCUACUGACAGCUUUUGGGGACAAUGACUUCAACUACAUCAACAUAUUUCUGUCAACAUACCGAGGCUUUGCAUCCACAAAAGAAGUUCUGGAAUUGAUCCUCGAGAGAUAUGGAAACCUGGAUAUCUCAAACUGUGAAGAAGAUAGAAGCCAGAACUCUACUGAGAACAAAACAGUACUCAGGACGGCCAUAGCCUCCAUUUUGAGAGCGUGGCUAGAGCAGUGCUCUGAAGACUUCCGAGAGCCACCCGAUUACUUUUGUUUGCAGAAACUCUUGGCUUAUCUGACACGGGUCAUGCCAGGUUCGGUACUUGAAGGAAGGGCACAAAACAUGUUGGAGCAAUUUCAGAAGCAAGAAGUCAUGAAUGGACACAUUCAUGACACCCUUGCCAGUGAGGAAAAACUGGAGACUGAUAGUUCAGAAGAUUUCUCUUCUUUCGCUGAAGACUUUGUGGCAGAGCAGCUCACCUACAUGGAUGCUGAACUGUUUAAGAGAGUGGUGCCAUAUCACUGUUUGGGCAGCAUCUGGUCUCAGAGGAGUAAAAAGGAAAAUAACCAUUUGGCACUCACCAUCAGAGCCACCAUUGCACAAUUCAAUGCAGUGACCCAAUGUGUUAUCCGAACAAUCUUGAAUGACAAAGAGUUGAGAACCCUGCAGCGAGCCAAGAUUAUAGAGAAGUGGAUUGAUAUUGCACAUGAAUGUAGGAUCUUGAAGAAUUUUUCCUCACUGAGGGCCAUUGUUUCAGCACUACAAUCCAAUUCCAUCUAUCGGUUAAAAAAGUGUUGGGCCAACGUAUCAAAGGACAGCAUGUUGAUGUUUGAAGAAUUGUCAGAAAUUUUCUCAGACCGUGACAACUAUUUGAUAAGUCGGGAGCUGCUUAUGAGGGAAGGAACGUCAAAAUUUGCAAAUUUGGAAAGCAGUGUAAAAGAAAACCAGAAAAGGACUCAGCGGCGACUUCAGCUGCAAAAAGAUAUGGGCAUAAUGCAAGGCACGGUUCCUUACCUUGGUACUUUUCUGACUGAUCUGACAAUGCUCGAUGCGGCUCUACAGAACUAUGUGGAGGGGGGACUAAUAAAUUUUGAGAAGAGAAGACGGGAGUUUGAAGUAAUCGCUCAGAUUAAGCUGUUGCAAUCCUCCUGCAAUAGCUAUUGCAUGACAUCAGACAGAAGAUUCAUCCAGUGGUUCAGGAAACAGCCAGCUUUAACAGAGGAAGAAAGCUAUACCCUUGCUUGUGAGAUUGAAGCAGCUGUUGACACAACCACCACAUCUCCAAACUCCCGGAAGAGCAUGGUGAAGCGGCUAAGCUUGUUAUUUCAGGGAUCCGAUGUAAUUUCAAAUACCACGCCCACCAAAGAACAGCCAAGCGGGAGCUCCGGGGAAAGCAUGGCAUCUGAAAGUGUAUCGCCUUGCGAGUCACCAGAUGGGCCACUAAAGAACCUCUCGGAAUCCUCUUCCCCUUCUUCCUCCAACCACUCCAUGGACAUUUCUUCAUCCAGUGUGUCUUCCUUCACUCUCUCACCGCCUCCUCCACCGGACAGCAAUCCGGGCAUCCACCCACUUUCCAUCUCCAGUACUUCUGCACUUUGGCCUCCUUACUACAAUCAGAAGAACCAAGAGUCCUGCAUCAUCCGGGUUCAUUUGGAACCCAGUAAUGGCAAUAUGUACAAAAGCAUUCUGGUGACCAACCAGGACAAGGCGCCAGCAGUUAUGCAGAGAGCACUGCUAAAACAUAACUUGGACCCAAUUGCUGUGGAGGAGUAUGACCUUGUGCAAGUCAUCUCUCAGAAAAAAGAACUACUCAUUCCAUUUGAUGCCAACGUCUUCUAUGCCAUAAACAGCCAGGCCGACUUUGAUUUUGUCAUGCGGAGGAAAUUCGACAUGUUCAAAAUGACUCUCCCCAAAAAGAGAGGUUGGUGGAGAAAGAGACGUUAAACCACCACAGAAGGCCAGUUUAAAGGUUUAAAGACCUUUCGAGACCAUCUACAGUGUUUCCUUUUCUUGUUAAUACUUUGGAAUUGUUUAUAUUUAAUUAUUUCUUUCGUGAGUGCAAUGUUUUUGAUAAUACUUUGAAUUGUUUAUAAAUGAUUUUUUUUUUGGAAUGUGCACCUUUUCAGGUGUGGAGCAGUUUACAUGCAUUCAGCCAUAUUGGCAUUAUAGGGCUAAUAUUUUAUAGUCAUUCUUGAAAAUAAAUUUUUUAAAACAAA